AUAUCAAACGAAUAACUCUAGUAGUCUAUAACCAAAUAUUACAAGAUGCAGUUCUGUGUGAUUUUGCUCGUAUUAGCAAGUUUUGCUUACGCAGAAAAUGCGCAUGAGUCGGUGGAUAAUUCGGCAUACGGAUAUCACACAAAAAUAGGCAUUCCUCUAGCUGAAAGCAUUCGUGACGUGGAACAAAGUCUUGGAAGCAGAAUUAUUGGUGGCGUUCCCGCAGCUAUCGGACAGUAUCCUUUUAAGGCGGGUAUCAUCGGUGAUAUUGUUGGAUUGAACGCCGUAAGUGUUUGCGGAGGAGCUCUUAUCUCUCCAAAUAGGGUUGCCACAGCUGCUCACUGUUGGAAUGACGGUCAAAAUCAAGCAUGGCGUCUCACCAUCGUCCUUGCAUCCACCACAAUCUUUUCUGGUGGAACCAGAGUGAGUUCCAGCGCGGUUGCCACUCACCCCAGUUGGAGUCCGGUUCUUGCUCGUAAUGAUGUUGCUGUAGUAUAUUUGGCUUCUGACGUCCCAAUAUCUAGAAAUAUUGCACCAAUCGCCUUACCUUCCGGAAAUGAGCUUUUCGAGAACUUUGUCGGCCAACAAGCUAUUGCAUUAGGUUAUGGUAUCACGAGAGACGGAGAUUCUCUCAAUGCUGGAUUGACACUGAAUCACGUGAGGUUAAACGUAAUAGGCAAUAACGUGUGCAACAUCGCUUAUCCCUUGCUGAUCCAAAUUUCUAACAUAUGUACGAGCGGCAUAGGAUCCGUCGGCAUUUGUAGCGGAGACUCUGGCGGUCCACUCAUCACAACCAGAAACAACAGGCAUAUUUUGAUUGGUGUUUCUCAAUUCCGGUCUCCAGUAGGCUGUGAGUCCGGUUUGCCUUCAGUGUUUUCAAGAGUCACUUCGUUCAUGGACUUUUUCAACAGUCAUCUAUAAAGCUAAAACAAAUAUAGCAACUGAAGGAAAACGCCAGUGAAUUAACAAUAUUUAGUUUUAAUUAAACAUUGCAGUAAAUUUA